AUGCCUGAACCCGUUGGUAUUGCUAAUUUGCCAAACCAAAAGUACAAGAUUGUGUCCAACCAAGGUGCUACAUUCACCUUGAUGGUUGCUGGAGAGAGCGGAUUGGGAAAAACAACAUUCGUCAACACGUUGUUCCACUCGGUGUUGAAACAACAUGAAGAUCCCAACGAGAGACACAACAAGUUUACUAGUGCCCACCAAACUGUGGAGAUUUCUAUCGUACGUGCAUUGUUGGAAGAAAAGAACUUCAAGAUGCGCUUGAACAUCAUCGAUACCCCCGGAUUCGGAAACAACGUCAACAAUCAAGACUCGUGGGCACCAAUUAUCGAUUUCAUUGACGACCAGCACGAAUCUUACAUGAAGCAGGAAAAGCAGCCUCAAAGAGAGUCUAAGAAAGAUUUGCGUGUCCAUGCAUGCUUGUAUUUCAUUCGUCCUACGGGCCACUCUUUAAAACCGUUGGAUAUUGAGAUCAUGCGUAGAUUGUCGACUCGAGUUAACUUGAUUCCUGUCAUUGCCAAAGCCGAUACCUUGGCCCCAAGUGAAUUGGACACCUUCAAGUCAAGAAUCAGAGAGGUGAUUGAGGCGCAGGACAUAAAUAUUUACACUCCUCCUUUGGAUAUUGACGAUGCUGCAAGUGCCGAGCACUCUAAGCAGCUUAUUGAGGCAAUGCCUUUCGCCGUUAUUGGAGCUGAAGAGGAGAUUGAGGUUUCUCCGGGCAACUUUGUACGUGGAAGAAGAUAUCCAUGGGGAGUCGUUGAAGUGGAGAAUGAAAGACACUGUGAUUUCAAGAAGUUACGCUCCCUCCUCUUGAGAACAAAUAUGUUGGACUUGAUUUUGCUGACGAAUGAGAUUCACUUUGAAACCUUCCGUUCUUUGAAGAUGGGCGAUUUGAAUGAUGGUAAAACCGACGAAGAGAACGUUGCCAUGAAGAAGCCACGGAGAUUGCACAAUCCAAAAUUCAAAGAGGAAGAGGAUGCAUUGAAGAAAUUCUUCACGGAACAAGUGAAAGCCGAAGAACAGAGAUUCAGACAAUGGGAAACCAACAUUGUCAACGAGAGAAACAGACUAAACAAGGACUUGGAGGAGAUGCAAUCAAAAUUGAAAUCAUUGGAGGAACAAGUGAAGAAGUUGCAGUUGUACAAGAAGUAG